AUGUCAUCCCAUCUCAUGGCUGCGACGACCCACGUGCUGCCGCCGCCUUUGUCCAUUCUUCUGGCCCUUCUUCGAGCCUCAAUAGCAGACCAGCUACGAUCAAAGAUCAUUGUGGAACACCCCAUUAGGAACAGCCUUAACGCCUUUCGCGGUUCGUAUCGGUCGAUUUACAAUCGCAAGAGCAUUGCCUUCUCGAUUAACGCGUUUGACCAGCUUGACCACGAAGGGCGGGUCGUGGCACCCUACGGAGCGACCUUCUACGACUUGAGCUCUGACGACUUCGACCUCGACCGUAUCAAGCCCCUCCGAAAAGUAGAUCUCGCCGACGAUUCCGAUGAUUCGUGUAUAUGGGACCGAGUCUACGAUGCAGUCACCGAAUCUACCCCGCCUCCCCGACCGGUAGCCUCUUCCGUCUAG